UGGGGGCUAAUAUAUGUAAUCGGAGGAAGAAUCUGAGUUUGUAAGUGAUGUUCCGAUUAGUCAGUCGCACCGUGCUCCCUUUACGGCGAGCGUUCAGCGUCGCCGCCGAUGAAUUGGGUAUCGUUGAUCCAAAUGUUCUAGGUCUCUGCUCGAGCGGCCGCGUUCACGAAGCUUUCAAACUUAUCAAUUCUCUCAACUCCCCUCAAUCGCCAGCCACUUACGCUGUUCUCUUCCGAGCAUGUGCGCAAUUGAAUCUCCUUCAUCUUGGCGAAGAUCUCCACCGCUGCGUCCUUCUCCGUUACCCCAAUCAUCCUCCCAACAUCUACAUGGACAAUCAUCUCAUCAACUUGUACGCAAAAUGCAAUAGCUUAGAGAAAGCACACCAACUGUUCGAUAAAAUGCCUGAGAGAAACAUCGUUUCUUGGACUUCUCUCAUUUCAGGAUACGCUAAGCAAGGGAAAUCCAUUGAGUGUUUCUCCCUUUUUGCUAAUAUGUUAACACAUCAUCGCCCGACAGAAUUCGCUUACUCAAGCGUGAUCGCAUGUUGUGGAGUCGAGAAAGGUAAACAGGUACAUGCGCAUGCGUUGAAAACGCGUUUCGUAGCUAACUCGUUCGUGUCUAAUGCUCUAAUAAUCAUGUAUUCCAACAGUUCUGAACUCGAACAAGCUUGGUUGAUCUUCACCGAUAUGCAAUUCAGAAACAUUGUAUCGUGGAAUUCGAUGAUUACUUGUCUUCGUAAUCAAGGACAUUGGAUCGAAGCCAUUACUCUUUUCUCUCGUUUACGAAUCAACUCAAUUCAGUUUGAUCACACCACGAUCAUUGGGGUGGUUUCCGCGUUAUGUCUUUCCUCCGUCGACGAAAUUCACAACAGCCUUCGAUACUGUUUUCAGUUGCAUUGCCUGACGAUAAAAACAUCGUUCGACUCGAAAAUUGAGAUCGCAACCGCGUUGGUCAAGGCUUUCUCCGACCUCGGAUGCGAAACUAGCCAUUUCUAUAAGAUAUUCCAAACUACAAACGGGGUUCGCGAUAUCGUGUCGUGGACGAACAUGAUAUCUGCGUUUUCCGAAAGAGAACCAGGAAAAGCUCUACUUAUCUUCAACCGUAUGCGGGCCGAGCUAAUUCCUCCAGAUUGCUUUGCAUUCUCUGCUGUAUUAAAAGCUUGUGCGGGCCUAGUAACCGAACGACAAUCUUCCGCAAUACAUUCUCAAAUGAUGAAAUACGGUUUUGAAUCUGACGUGACUCCGAUGAAUGCGUUGAUCCAUGCUUACGCCAGGACGGGCUCGGUUCGUUCCGCGAAGCGAGUUUUCGACGAGAUGAACCAUCGCGACACGUUUUCGUGGAACUCGAUGCUAAAGGCUUACGCGUUACAGGGACGGGCGAACGAAGCAAUUGAGUUAUUCGGGGAGAUGAACAUUUGUCCCGACGGGGCGACGUUCGUCGCCCUUCUCUCGGCUUGUAACCACGCCGGGAUGGUGGAACAAGGGGAGAAGAUAUUUGAUAGGAUGAGUUCGGAAUUCGGAAUUGUUCCUCAUCUCGAUCAUUUCGCGUGUAAAGUGGAUAUCCUCGCACGAUCGGGGAGAAUCGCGGAAGCGGAUGAGUUUAUUAGUACGAUGCCAAUGAAACCGGAUUCGGUUAUAUGGAAAUCCAUGCUCGGAGCUUGUAGGAGGUAUGGGGAGAUCGGGUUGGCGAAUCGGGCAAUGGAGAAAUUGAAGGAGUUGGAUCCGGGUAAUUCGUUAGGGUACGUGGUUAUGUCGAAUAUGUAUAGUUCGGUUGGGGUUUACGGGUUAGCGGGUAAGAUUAGAAACGAGAUGAAUGGGCUCGGUGUUAGGAAGGAACCGGGGUUGAGUUGGAUUGAAGUUGGGAAUGAAGUGCAUGAAUUUGGGUCGGGCGGGGAAAGACACCCGGAAGGAGUGGAGAUCCGCGGGCAUGCGAGGCGGUUGGUUCGGAAGUUGAAGGAUGCGGGUUAUAGGGCGGAAACGGGUAUUUGUUAUUAUGACUUGGACGAGGAACAAAGGGAAGAGGAAUUGUUGUAUCAUAGUGAGAAAUUGGCUUUGGUGUUUGGUUUGAUGAAGUUGGUUGGAUUUGAAAAGAUGAUGAUCAAGAUUAAUAAGAAUAUUGGGAUUUGCGUGGAUUGUCAUAAUUUUAUGAAGGUUUCAUCUAAAGUUGUUGAUAAAGAGAUUUUGAUUAGAGAUUCUAAUCGUUUUCAUCAUUUUAAAGAUGGGGUAUGUUCAUGUAAUGACUAUUGGUAGAUUUUUAAAAUAAUGUUGAAUUAUUUGGUGAAAAAACUAAUAAAUGAAUCAUUUAUCUUG